AUGUCGCUCGUCAAUGAAGAUGCCUUCUCCGUGAGGUUGACGGGCUUUCGGGCUAAGGCCCGAAUUGAGCCGACCAUGCGGGCCACCUCAUCGGCCCGAAUGGAAUGGAGGCGAACGAGCGGACGUUUUCGCGCUCAGGAGCUCGCUCAUGCGAAUCUUGCGCAUCUGCCGCCAGUAGUCACCGUAUGGGCUGAAAGAAAGGCUAGCGUAGUUGUAACACAUGAUCUCGAUGGCAAUGGAAUUGGAAUACGCGAAUAUGAAAGUGAAGAGGACAACAAAUCCAAGAACUAUAGCCGCAACCAUUCCAAGCAUGUCGUGUCGGAAGCCAAAGUAACUUCUCAAGAACUGCUCGACCGUUUGCCCUGUCUCCAUCCGAUCUUGAAUCUCGCCAAAUUGAGAUACUAUCAAACCGUACAAAGUGUAAGCCACGGGAGCAACGAGAAGAACAUGAAGUAUAUGUACCAAAAGAACUUCUUCACAUCCCAAUUGAACCCGAUCAUCGAGUACACUAUGAGACCGUACACCACGGACUGUACGAACACGCAGAGCCGAAUACAUGCCCGCCGCUUUUUCUCUAUAGAAAACUGUUCGCUCGAUGGCUACCACGGGUUGCACGGUCGAACCGUAUUGGAAACCGAGAAAAAGGAUAGCGCAAUACAUCGAGCCCAUGGCAUUCAACAAUACUUACCAUCGAGAUCCGAGAUCCCAAAACAUCGUCCCAAAAAUGAUGGCUAUGAAGGUCGUGAACAAAAAUCUUAUAGCCGUUUCCGAGUUUCUAUAGUGAUCGGCAAAAUCGAUCCCUAUAAUAAGCUCUUGUGCCGAAGUCGUGACUUCCAACAUCCACGUGGCUGGAUUGUAACCGUCUUUUAUUUUCGGGACCCCUUCGAUUCCUUCGAAGUAGUUGAUCAAAUGAGACGAGUGGCGACCCAAUGGCCCGACGCUUACCUCAUCGAAUGCUUCGAAUAUGUCGAUGCUAGGCUGAUGUAUGGUGCAAACCACGGUUCGUCCCGUGUCGACUGUAUUUCGAACGGUUCUCAUUACAAUAGCUGCGGCUCGUGCAUCAAGGCCCGAAGUCGGCUCGUCCAUGAAUAUGAUGGAAGGAUUCGCCACAAGCUCGACUGCUAUAGUCAGCCUUUUCCUCUGCUCGGUCGAGAGCCCGUUGACACCUGGCAGCCCGACAAGUGCCCCUCUCAACGAGUUGAGCUCGACUAG